CCGUAUAAUUCCUCCUUAAACCCUAUUAAUGAAAACACAAAACCUCUCUCUCUCUCUCUCUCUCUCUCUCUAUUGUCGAUCUCCAUGUUGUUGAUAGAAACUCAAAUUGGGGUUUCGAAGAUUUGUGAUUAAUGAUGGCUUUCAGAAGCUUACACCAGAUUCGAGCUCUCCAUCGUACGGCUCAGAUAUCAGAAUCGUCCCAUCUGCUUGGAAGCUCAAGAAGCUAUGCAAGUGGUAUUUCAACUGUCCCUGAACUUUAUUGCCGGAACAAGGGCCAUGGAGCCCUUCCUUGGACCCAUGGAAGUUCUAUCACAUUGCGGUCUGCAAUGGCUGUUGAGUUACCCAUCUUCUUGAAUGACACAAGGUUGCUAUCAACACAAGUAAAAGCCCCUGCACAAGCAAGACAAAUGGGAGCUCUUAAAGUUGCCAUGUUGAGUCCAGGGUUUAUCUACGAGCCUUAUACACCUCGUGAAAAAAUCUCAUUUCUCAAGAGAUGGUUCACAAGAAGUGGGUGGAGAAGAACAAAAGAAGAUAUAGUUUUAGAGCUCAAAAGUGCAUAUGCCAUUACUAAAUUAAGAAAGAAGGGCUAUUCAAAGAAUUUAUUCUACAAAGAAGCGAUACAGUUAUACAAGGAGAUAAAUACUCUAAUGGCAAAUGGGGACAAAAAUUCUUUAAGGAAAGCAGUUACAGAGAAAAUGUUUUCCGAACUAAAGAAUGAAAUAAAACAAAGAGACUCCAUAUGGAAUAAGGUCUACUGGGAAAUGGUGGAACCAGUUGUGAAAAUACGAACUUUGCGAGCACGACUGAUUGGUGUUGAUCGGAACGAUCUUGAGAAGGUGUUCAUACAGCUUACACUUGAGUUUCUGACAAAGCAGAAGUUCGAAGCAUACGACUCAAAUGGUUCCAUUGUUUCGGGAGAUAAAUCAAAGGAGGUCCUUGUCCGUGAUAUCUGGGUAUUUGAAAAAUCUCUCUUCCAUGAUAAAGCUUUCUGGCGUCUUUGUGGGAGGAUUUCUCUCUAAGCAAGCCAUCAUUCACCAUUUGAUCUACGGUACUGUGUUGAUGACGAAAUAAAUGCUGUUAACCAAUUUUGUAAACUGAGCAUAUCUCAAUUUAUCGUACUAAUUCUGUUUAUGUAGCUAUGUUUUUGGUUGUUAAAUUCAACUUUUGGCU